ACGAAUCACGAAUGUUUAAACAAAGAGGGUGAAGAGUAAUCUGUUGUUGGAUUUUGCCUUUUAGGUUUUCAUAUUUAAAUAUAUGUUAAGCAAAAGCAUGCUCAGAAAGUUAUGAGACUGUGAUAGAUUUUUAUUUUCUUGUUAGAUUUCCCUGAAAAAGCAAAAGAGGGGGAAUCUUGGAGUCUUGCAACUUGUUUUUCAUUUCCUUAUUAAGAAAUAUCUCUAAAUGUGUUUUCUAUAAAGAGAAACUUGAUUUCCCUUAGAGUCAAAUUCAUAUUCAUAUUUAUAUAUAGAACUUAUCUCAAAAGAUAACCAUUUGAUAAUCUCAGAAGCUUGUUUCAAUGGAAUUCCAUGUCAGACUUAUGAAUAUUCUGCUAACUUAAGCAUAUUUUCUUUCUUAUCGUUUAUAUUCUCUGCACUAUGACUCAUCUUCGUACCUUUUAAGUUUAAACCUCUGUUUGAUUCAAGAUCAUCUUACUCACUGUUGCUUGAUAUUUUCAUCAUCUGGUGUAAUUAAAGAAUGGGACAUUUUUCGUCCAUGUUUAGUGGAUUAGCUCGAUCCUUUUCGAUCAAGAAAGUGAAGAACAACAAUGGAACUUGCGACGCUAAGCAAGCUGCUGAUGAGAUGGUGAAAGAUGCAAAAAAAAAGGAGAUGAUUCUGAAAUCAUGUGGUUACGUUUAUGCAGAAGGUUCUAAUAACUCGGCCUCUGUUUUCUCUAAACGCGGCCAAAAAGGCGUUAACCAGGACUGUGCAAUCGUUUGGGAGGGAUUUGGGUGCCAAGAAGACAUGAUAUUCUGCGGAAUAUUCGAUGGACAUGGUCCAUGGGGUCACUAUGUAGCCAAACAUGUAAGAAACUCAAUGCCUUCGUCGCUUCUAUGCAACUGGCAAAAGACUCUUGCUCAAACCGCACUACUAGAGCCCGAGCUAGACCUUGAAGGCUCCAAUAAAAAAUUCUCGAGAUUCGACAUAUGGAAACAUUCAUAUCUAAAGACAUGUGCAUCGGUUGAUCAAGAGCUUGAACAUCACCGCAAGAUCGAUUCUUACAACAGCGGCACAACCGCUAUAACCAUUGUCAGACAGGGUGAUGUUAUUUAUGUAUCAAACGUAGGCGAUUCACGAGCAGUACUAGCCACGACUUCGGAUGAAGGUAGCUUGGUUGCUGUUCAGCUCACCCUUGAUUUCAAACCGAAUCUGCCUCAGGAGAAGGAGAGAAUUAUCGGAUGCAAUGGGCGGGUUUUCUGUAUGAAAGAUGAGCCAGGAGUCCAUCGUGUAUGGCAACCAGACACAGAAGCACCGGGUUUGGCUAUGUCAAGAGCGUUCGGAGACUAUUGUAUCAAAGAGUAUGGAUUGGUCUCGGUCCCUGAAGUCACUCAAAGGCAUAUCUCUGCUAAAGACCACUUUAUCAUCUUGGCUAGUGAUGGGAUAUGGGAUGUGAUCACAAACCAAGAAGCUAUAGAGAUCGUUUCUUCGACCGCUGAGCGGCCUAAGGCGGCUAAGCGAUUAGUGGAGCAAGCGGUUCGGGCUUGGAAGAAGAAGAGACGAGGUAUUGCAAUGGACGAUAUGUCCGUGGUCUGCCUCUUCCUCCAUUCCUCUUCAUCAUCGCCAUCUCUCUCACAACAUGUUCAACAUGCCACGACUUUUAAGUAGAAAGUUGCGUUUGUAAAUAGAUCAGCGAUAGCUCUCCGUUUGUAACCUUGAUUUUGAAAUUCGAAAUGCAGUUUUUUUGUCGCAGCCAUCA